CAGAGCUGAGAGCAAGAGUGACACACACACACACACACACACACACACACACCUCUGUUAUCUCACCCGGGUCGUGUGUGUGUGAAUGUCCCCGUCCUGUCCGUCUCCUCGGGACACUGAGACAAUGCAGCAGGCAGCUGUCCACCCGGGCCUGUGACAUGGAGAAGACCUCAGCUGAAGAUGACUGCGUGGAUUCAGGAGCCGAGACUGGAGGGUCUGAUUACAGUCCCCUGUCCUCAACCAGCAGUGAAUUAUCCAUGGGUGAGCUCCAGGAUCCCUUCCUUGUCAGCGUCCACCUCAUCGCCGACCCCGGCCAGGGCAAGUUCCUGCAGCGUGCUGCCGAUGCUGUGCUGGCGUGGGUUCACCCUGAGCUGCAGCUCUUCCGGGUCUCAGAGCGGGCCUCUGUCUCCCGGCCCAAGCACCAUCAAAACAGCAGCCCGGUUGCAGCCUGCCAGCCGGCCCUGGCGGUCAUCCUCUUCCUCCAGGAGGCGUACGGUGGCGAGGAGCAGAUUCUGAUGCUGCACCACGCUCUGCAGAGGCCGCCUUGGCGCUACCACCACACUGAAAAAGUCAGCAAUGGCCGGCGGAUGUUACCGCUGACACCAUGCAGUCAGGACUUUUUCACACUGUCUGCUGGCACACCACUCUGGGCCGUGCGGCAAGUCCAUUAUGGGAAAGAAAUUGUGCGAUUUACUGUUUAUUGCCGACAUGAAAAUUACGCCGACAUGGUGCGGCUUUACAAGCUGCUGCUGCAGCGGAGGGUAGCGCAGAAGAAGGAGGACUUCUGCUUCUUUGUGGUGUACUCCAACCCAGAUAUGGAGAUCCAGUUAUCAUUUAAGAGGCUCCCGCGAGGUCAGAGUCCGGUGGUGCUGGAGUCAGCAGUGAUGGAGGUGAGGGUACGAGACGUCGGGACGCUGGUGCCGCUGCUGCCUCACCCCUGCAGCCCAAUCAGUGAAGUCCGCUGGCAGACAGAGGACUACGAUGGAAAUAAGAUCUUGCUGCAGGUCCAAGGUGCACACUUCAGACACCAACAGGAUCCCUGCUACAUCCAUUCAUCCUCUGUCACCCAGUCAGCCUCGGCUCCAUCCACCUUCACCCGCAGCUCCGCCUCCUACAGGAACCGUCGUCACCACCACCGGGCGAUGUCCCGUUCCAGAGUCCAGACCGCCCACAGCUCCCAAACUCUGGUCUGUGAGGAGCCGGAGGAGCAGGACCAGUGGCCUGACCAGCACCACCCGGACACCUGGAGGUCCCAGUGGAGGGGCCACCGGUCUGGCUCCCUCUUCUCUCUCCCCAACCUGGGCUCAGGCAGCUCCCGCUCCACCUGCUCCUCUCCUGGACCAUCUCCCAGCCCCCACCAUCACAGGAGCUCCUCCCUCAUCCCGCCCUUCCGCCUCAACUUGGACGCUCUGAUCGGGGCGGAGGAGACAGAUGUGGACACGGGGAACAAAGUGAACCCAAGCAGCACUGUGGACCUCACAGUGGUGUCUGCGUACAUCAAAUCCAGCCUGCCACAGACUCGGCCGUUAUCGGCGCCACCAGAAGACGUCGGCCCAUCCCUCUCUCCCGGCAUCCCAGAGAACACCUACAGGGCCACCACACUGGGACGGCUUCCGAACAGCUUUACCACCAGUGGCACUCCCUCCACCUUGUUUGGGUCACGUAUCCACAGCACCAGUGUGAACACAAGUGCUGCUCCGUCUCUGAGUGACGUUUCUUUAAACCAGUCCGACAGCUGCAGCGUUAUCAGUGCUCCAGUUCAAGAGGCAGACAAGGAGGAAGAAGAUGACCAAGAAUUCUACAUCUGAUCUGUAACAAGCUGAGAGGACUUAACUAUGGCCAGUCAUGACUCAACUCUGCCCCCUGGUGUUUGAAAGUAGAACUAAAAUUACAGUGACAGAAUGAACUGGAGCACCAACUGUAUGUGAUCUACAUGUAUUUGUGAAUGUUGCUUUCUUUGCUUGUAGAUUUCAGCUUUAUAAAUGUCAAGUUAUAUAAAGUAAAUAUUACACAUUUAAAAAGGACCAAUCACAGAACUGUGUAUAUGCACUAUUCAAUAAAUGUUUCUCCAUCAUGUGUGCUUCACUCAGCAACAUUAAGGCAACUCUGACCUUGAUUGUCCAUUUUAUCUUAAAUUAUUUUUUCAAACUGGUUUUAUGAUUUGAGCAUCAAUUUAAUUUAUUUAUUAAAGAU